CAAAAAGACUCAGAGCUAUUUCUUAUUCGAAGGAUUGAAGGUAAACAAUCACUUAUCUCCUCUUCUACUGAGCUAUUGAAUUUUAUAUUUGCGUCUGUACUUUUGAUGACUCAGUUGGUUUUAUAUAUAUCGAACUUAAAAUCAGCCCUUUGUUGUAUGCUUCCUAUGGGCUCGUCACAGGGGUUUUCUGCAUUUUUUGAUGUUUCUCUCCAUUGUAUAUUGGGGUUUCCUGAGAUUCUGAUAUGGCUAAGUAAAGUUGAAUUAUAAAAAGUAACCCGAUCUGAGUUUACGGAUUCAUGAUUGCAUAUUCCAUUUUCUGUAGCUGUUCUCAUGAUUCUACAUCAAGAUAAGUGUUUUGUAUCUUUGUAAUUCAUGCUUAAGUUGAGUGAAUAAUGGGAAUUUUAGCUUUCCUUCCGUAUAUUAUUUUCGAGUUAUUGUUUUUACAUAAUUGUUGAUCUGGUGUCAGGAUACGCUGAUGUUUCACUAGAUUUUGUGCCUUUAUGUUUAUUCUUGGUAAAAAGAAAAAUGCUUUAUAUCUGAUUUGAGAUGAAGUUCUGUUUAUGGGGAAGAAUUGUGAGAACGCCGUAAAAGAGUUUGUAGCUAUGCUUUUAUUUGUUCUUUUUGUAGUAGGUAGGAUUGUAUCUGUGGAAUCAAAUAUUGUUUUUCUUUUCAUUGGAGAGGGCUGCUAAGAUGAAUGUGAAAAGAAAAAGGGACGAAAUAGCCAUAGAGAUGAAGAGGGAAAUGACAGAAUCCGAUGAUCAAAUUCGAACCUUUAGUGCACGAAUAACGGAUGUACCUGAGCCAAUCUUCUUAGAUAUCUUGCUAAAGCUGCCUCUGAAGGAAAUCAUAGUUUGCAAGUGUGUUUGUAAACGUUGGCGUCGACUGAUCUUUAGCUCUCAUUUCGCUAAGUUGCACUUUGCACAGUCAAGAACGAGCUUGCUGCUUAGAAACUUGGACUGUUCAUGUGUUCCAAGAAUUUGUUAUCUCGUUGAUCCAUCUGAAAUCAGUGUUGAGGUUUCUUAUCAGGGAUGUGAGGAAAAGUUUCAUUUGAGUCUUAAUGCAAAAUUGAAGAUACCUUUGCGUUAUCCAGAAAUUGCCCUUGAUAUGGAAGCAGUUAAGAAGCAACGCCGGGUUAAACUGCGACUCACAGAUCACAAGUUUAGAAUUGUCAAUUCUUGCAAUGGCUUUCUCUGUUUAUCUGAACCCUCAGCAAAUGAACCUGCUGUCAUAUGCAAUCCUGUCACUGGUGAAUACAUCAACAUUCCUGAUGGCGAUGAGGCUUAA